CAGAAAUCAGUCGUCAGCUAGUAGCCGAAGUGUCAGUUACACACAUCGAGAGUUCCCAAAAGACCGCGUUGCUCCGGCGAUCAGAUACCAUCAGAUCCCAUAUCACACCAACAACAUUUAAUCGUAGUGUCGAAAACCUGAUUAAAAAAUCAGAGACUGAUCUUAAAAGUGCUUGCAAAAACCACCGAAAAAUCAAAUAACUGCCGAAGUGAGAAAACGUGCAGCAACGAUCGCGAAUCGCUGCAAUUAAAAAGUCGUCAUAAAACCCAGUGCCCAGCCAAAAAAAAAAAAAACUAAAGAAGAUGAACCAGACAUGCAAAGUGUGCGGUGAGCCGGCGGCGGGCUUCCAUUUUGGCGCCUUCACAUGUGAGGGCUGCAAGUCCUUCUUCGGCCGAUCUUACAACAAUAUCAGCACCAUCAGCGAGUGCAAGAACGAGGGCAAGUGCAUCAUCGACAAGAAGAACCGCACCACCUGCAAGGCGUGCCGCUUGAGGAAGUGCUACAAUGUGGGCAUGUCCAAGGGUGGAUCCCGCUACGGGCGUCGCUCCAACUGGUUCAAGAUCCACUGUCUGCUGCAGGAGCACGAGCAGGCGGCCGCGGCGGCGGGCAAGGCGCCGCCCACAGUGGGUGGUGGUGCCCCGUCGGCCUCCUCCCCGGUGGGUUCGCCACACACACCCGGUUUCGGGGACAUGGCCGCCCAUCUGCACCACCACCAUCAGCAGCAACAGCAGCAGCAGCAGGUGCAGCGCCAUCCACAUAUGCCUCUGCUGGGCUAUCCCAGCUAUUUGCCCGAUCCCGCUGCCGCCCUGCCCUUCUUCAGCAUGAUGGGGGGCGUGGCACCGCACCAGUCGCCCUUCCAGCUGCCCCCGCACCUUCUCUUCCCCGGCUACCAUGCCAGUGCGGCCGCUGCAGCGGCUUCGGCAGCGGAUGCCGCCUACCGCCAGGAGAUGUACAAGCACCGCCAGAGCGUGGACUCCGUGGACUCGCAGAACCGCUUCAGUCCCGCCAGCCAACCACCGGUGGUGCAGCAUCAGGAGCAGCAGCAGCCUCAGCCCCUCUCGGCCCGCCAGUCGCCCAUCGAUGUGUGCCUGGAGGAGGAUGUCAAGUCUGUCCAUAGCCACCAGUCCACCGGCAGCCUCCUGCAUCCCAUUGCCAUCCGAGCCACCCCCACAAGCAGUCCCCUGAGCUUUGCGGCCAAGAUGCAGAGCCUUUCGCCCGUAUCGGUGUGCUCCAUUGGUGGCGAAACCACCAGCGUGGUGGCUCCAGUGCAUCCGACCACAGCGGCCAGCGCCCAAGAUGGACCCAUGGAUCUGAGCAUGAAGACCUCGCGGAGUUCGGUGCACAGCUUCAACGACAGCGGCUCCGAGGAUCAGGAGCUGGAGGUGGCUCCCCGGCGCAAGUUCUACCAGCUGGAGGCCGAGUGCCUGACCACCACCACCAGCAGCAGCAGCAGUUCCUCCCACUCCCACUCUCACUCCCACUCGCCCAACACCACCCACGCAGAGGUCAAGCGGCAGAAGUUGGGUGGUGGUGGAGAGGCCACCCACUUCGGUGGCUUCGCGGUGGCCCACAAUGCGGCCAGUGCCAUGAGGGGUAUUUUCGUGUGUGUCUGAGUACACGGCGAAAAAAUCCAAGUGGGAGGAGUCGCCCCAAAAACCCUCGUUGUUUUUUUUUGUUACUUAAAAGAAAAUGUAAAUUUUUUCGUUUGCUCGCUCGCACUUAGAGGAGGUGAAAGAGACAGGGACAGACAGGUUUCGCUGGAAAGAGACAGCUAGACCAGGUAGUUGCAUUGCACUCGCACACUUAAACACACACACACCAACACACACACACACUCACCUAUUGAGCUCAUAUCCAAAAAUUAUUUUUAUGAAAACGUUAAAAUUGUAAAUAUAUCUUUGAGCUUGUUUGCAAUUGUAUUUUAAAGUUAAAGAGCCGUAGAAGUAGUAAUCAUUCCCACCCUCGAAAUGCUAUUGUACAUACAAAAUUGUUAAGUCUAAGAAUGAUCUUUAUUGUCGCUAAGUAUUUUAUUAUAUUUUAGUCCUAGUUACUGUACGUCUAUAGAUUGGCUUUUAGUAUUAUGAAAGGAAAAUAAAAACUAUUAAAAAUUAA